UGCCUGCCUCCGUCCUCCGCCGCACGUCUGUUCAUUUUGGGCACAGAAGGUGCACGGACUUGACUGCUUGAACCCUUCAAGCGACGCUCUUCUCUCUUCAUCAUGUUGUUAUUAUAGUUUUGAGCUCGCUUUUUCUUUCUUUCCUGCUGAAGCGUUUGAGUUGACUGGUACCAGGAGGAGGACUCGGUUCCUUUGCCGGAGAAAACCCUUGCAGAGAAAAAAAAUAGAGAAGAAUGCAACAUUGGACUGCUGCUCAAGUGUUAUUUCUGCACUGAUUUCCACGUUAAGGUUAUUUAAACAAAACCUUAAAGCUUUUUGUUCUCCCCAAAUGCACGGCCGCUAGAAAAGGAAGACGAAAAACGCUGCAACGUUACAAGUCGGGGAUCAUCACCAAAGACCCGAGAGCGUCCUCGACUUACAGGGUCUCACCCUAAACCCAGAGGAACCAUGUCAUCUACGAAAUUCAAGAAGGAUAAGGAGAUCAUAGCGGACUACGAGACCCAAGUGAAAGAGAUCCGAAACCAGCUGGUGGAGCAGUUCAAAUGCUUGGAGCAGCAGUCUGAUUCUCGUAUCCAGUUGCUACAAGACCUGCAGGAGUUCUUCCGCCGCAAAGCAGAGAUCGAACUGGAAUAUUCCCGCAGCUUAGAGAAACUGGCAGAGAGGUUCUCCUCCAAGAUCCGCAGCUCCAGAGAACAUCAGCAGUUCAAGAAAGACCAGCACCUGCUGUCCUCAGUAAACUGCUGGUACUUGGUGCUAAACCAGACGAGGCGUGAGAGCCGCGACCAUGCCACCCUCAGCGACAUCUACACCAACAAUGUCAUUGUCCGUUUGGCCCAGAUCAGCGAGGAUGUCAUCCGCCUGUUCAAGAAGAGUAAGGACAUUGGGAUCCAGAUGCACGAGGAGCUGGUGAAAGUGACAAAUGAACUUUACACUGUGAUGAAAACAUACCACAUGUACCACACUGAGAGCAUCAGUGCAGAGAGCAAGCUGAAGGAUGCAGAGAAGCAGGAGGAGAAGCAGUUCAGCAAGUCAGGAGAUCUCAACGUUAACCUCUUGCGCCACGAGGACCGCCAGCCGAGACGCAGCUCCGUCAGGAAAAUUGAGAAGAUGAAAGAGAAGAGGCAAGCCAAGUACUCAGAGAAUAAGCUGAAAUGCACAAAAGCCCGGAAUGACUAUUUGUUGAACCUGGCAGCAACAAAUGCAGUUGUGGCAAAAUAUUACAUCCAUGACGUCUCUGAUAUGAUUGAUUGCUGUGACCUCGGCUACCAUGCUAGCUUGGCACGCACCUUCAGGACCUACUUGUCCGCCGAGUACAACUUGGAGACAUCACGCCACGAGGGACUGGAUAUCAUAGAGAAUGCAGUGGACAACCUGGACUCUCGCAGUGACAAGCACAAGAUCAUGGAUAUGCAUAACCAGGUGUUCUGUCCUCCGAUGCGCUUUGAAUAUCUGCCACACAUGGGAGAUGAGGUGUGCCAGGUGAGUGCCCAGCAGCCUGUCCAGACUGAACUCCUGAUGCGCUACCACCAACUGCAGUCUCGCUUAGCCACGUUAAAGAUUGAGAAUGAGGAGGUGAGAAAGACCUUGGAUGCCACCAUGCAGACGCUGCAGGACAUGCUGACGGUGGAGGACUUUGACGUGUCGGAUGCCUUCCAACAUAGCCGCUCCACUGAAUCCAUUAAGUCUGUGGCCUCCGAGUCCUACAUGAGCAAGCUGAAUGUAGCCAAGAGGAGGGCGAACCAACAGGAGACGGAAAUGUUCUACUUUUCAAAAUUCAAAGAGUACCUGAAUGGCAGUAACCUCAUCAUUAAGCUGCAGGCCAAGCAUGACUUACUGAAGCAGACACUGGGUGAAGGGGAAAGGGCUGAGUGUGGGACUACGAGGCCCCCCACCCUUCCCCCUAAACCACAGAAAAUGCGGAAGCCUAGGCCACGCUCCGUGUAUAACCAUAAGCUGUUUAACGGCAAUAUGGAGACCUUCAUCAAGGAUUCAGGUCAACCAAUUCCACUUGUUGUUGAAAGCUGUAUCCGAUACAUCAAUUUAUAUGGGUUGCAGCAGCAAGGCAUAUUUCGCGUGCCGGGAUCACAGGUGGAGGUCAAUGAUAUUAAAAACUCAUUUGAGAGAGGUGAAGAUCCCUUGAUUGACGACCAGAAUGAGCAUGACAUUAACUCAGUGGCAGGGGUGCUGAAGCUGUACUUCAGAGGCCUGGAGAACCCUCUCUUCCCAAAGGAGCGGUUCCUGGACUUCAUCUCUACCAUCAAACUGGAGUCUGGAGCUGAGCGAGCACAUCACAUCCAGCAGAUCAUUGUGACUCUUCCCCGGACUAUCAUAAUCGUCAUGAGAUACCUGUUUGCUUUCCUCAAUCAUCUCUCCCAGUACAGUGAUGAGAACAUGAUGGAUCCAUACAAUUUGGCUAUCUGCUUUGGUCCAACCCUGAUGCCCAUCCCAGAUGGCCAGGAUCCUGUAGCAUGCCAGGCACAUGUUAACGAGGUCAUCAAGACCAUCAUCAUCCACAAUGAAGUCAUCUUUCCCAGUCAACGAGAGCUGGACGGCCCAGUGUAUGAGAAGUGCAUGACUGGAGGGGAGGAGUACUGUGACAGCCCUCACAGUGAACCAGGAACCAUUGACGAGGCUGACAAUGGAACUGAACCACACACCAGUGAUGAAGAGGUUGAACAGAUUGAGGCCAUUGCCAAGUUUGACUAUGUGGGACGCAGUCCCAGGGAGCUGUCUUUCAAGAAAGGAGCCUCUCUUCUUCUGUACCACAGAGCGUCUGAAGACUGGUGGGAGGGCCGUCAUAAUGGUGUUGAUGGUCUCAUCCCUCAUCAGUACAUUGUAGUACAAGACCUUGAUGAUGCUUUCUCAGAUAACCUCAGCCAGAAAGCAGAUAGUGAAGCAAGCAGUGGACCAUUGCUGGAUGAUAAGGGUUCAUCAAAAAAUGACGUCCCGUCACCAUGUGAACAAUCACCUGAUUACAGCUUUGGAGGAGUCAUGGGGAGGGUAAGGUUACGGUCUGAUGGUGCUGCAAUCCCACGUCACCGGAGCGGCACAGAUACCCACAGUCCAACUAGAGUGGCUGACACUCCUCCACGAGCUGCAGCCUGUCCCAGCAGCCCCCACAAGGUAUCUAUAAGCAAGGGUCGUAUGGAGAGCCCAGAAAAGAGGCGCCUCGGUACCUUUGGCAGUGCAGGUAGCAUCAACUACCCGGACAGGAAGGCCUAUCCUGAGGGCCACCCACUGAGACCAGUGCCAGGAGCCACUCGUCACAGCAGCCUUGGGGACCACAAAUCGCUAGAGACUGAGGCUCUGGCUGAGGACAUAGAGAAGACUAUGACUACAGCGCUCCAUGAGCUACGUGAGCUGGAGCGACAAAAUACUGUUAAGCAGGCUCCUGAUGUGGUCCUGGACACCCUGGAGCCCAUGAAGAACCCUGUUAGCUCCGAGCCCGGCAGUCCACUGCAUACGAUUAUGAUCCGUGAUCCAGAUGCAGCCAUGCGCCGUAGCAGCAGCUCCACCUCUGAGAUGAUGACCACCUUCAAACCUGCUCUCUCUGCCCGGCUGGCAGGGGCUCAGCUACGCCCCCCACCCAUGAGACCAGUGCGCCCUCCUCCAACGCAGCACCGAUCGAGCAGCUCCAGCUCUUCGGGAGUCGGCAGCCCCGCUGUAACUCCGACUGAGAAGAUGUUUCCAAGUAACAAUACAGCUGCCGGUUCUAAUAUGAAUACGUCCGGUGAUUCUGGGGAUAAGUCUGGUACCAUGUAGCAAAGGUGGAAUCUGCUAGGUGAGGAGGUUGUAAAGCUUUCCAAGUGAGGGGAAAGCUUAUGGAAAUGGGUGCCGAUGUGUGGAAAGCAGAUACAGAUAUUUCCCUCUCUGUUUUCUGCCUGACUUAAUUCAAAUAUUCAGGAAGCUCCUGAAGCGAGCCUACAGUACGUUACCAUGGUGAUAAAGCGGUAGAAGAAGCUGUAGAGGUGUGAUAGUGUAGAGCUCAGCCAGCUCUCUUUGAAACUUGAUUUAACUUCAGUAAAUGUGUAUAAGAAUACAUGUAUUUCAGUUUUACCUCAAUUUCAACAAAAAUCUGUGGCCAUGUUCUCGUUUCAGAGAUACAUUGAAUGCAAGUGAAGCAAUACUUGUGUGAAAUUUGGUAUUAGUUUCUACCCAGCACACGCUGUCCAGCUGAUGUUUCUUCUGACGUGUAUGAGACACCUCAUCUGGACUCAUGUAGACAUUCAGGCUAAAAUACCAUGUCUAUUUAUCAUUGAGGUCAUAGGCCUUAUGGCUGUACAUACAAACUUACUUGAAGUUGCCAUGCUUUCUGUUUGUACUAUAAUUCAGUGGAUGUUCAGCAAAGUAACAACAUAGUGACAUUAUAUACUUCUGCAUGCAGGGUUCAGAGAAAAUAAGGGAAACAUUAUAAAGGCUUGCACCAUUAAGAGAAAAUAUAUAAUGAUUCGGAGUUUUCUCAUGUGGUCGUUUCAAGCAUAAAAUACUAGUUUGAAACCUAAUUUUCUAUGAUGAAAAAAUAUCAAGUUUCGGACGUUCAAUUACAUGACAAAGUAAUAAAUUGGGACCUUACUAUGCUAUAUCUUAAAUAUGAUACUCUGCCUGGAGUCAUCCUGUUCACUGCUAAAGAUAAAAGCAUCCUGGCAUGAAGAUGAUUACUAAUCAGAGCUUUUAAAAGGAAGUCACCUUUACCAUCAUGUGCAGUAGGCAGACCUAACGUGGCUGUUUCCAUGUUUUUUUUUUUCUACGUCCUGUACAUGAAAUGCAGAAAACUAACCCAUCAACUAAGGUAGGAAUCCUGUGGUAAACUUGUACAUAAAAUAUAGUUAGUAAUUUUUUUAAGUGUUAAUCUUGUACAGGCUAAUACGAAAAAGGUGAAGGGUUGAUGUGAAUGGCACUUGUAAAGAACAUAAACCACCUUUUUAUCAUCUUCAGUAAACUAAAAACAUAUUCUCUGGCUGUGGAAAAUAUAGUUCAGAUCAUUUACCAUGUACUGUGUGUUUAGAAAGCAUUUGGUAAUUGUACUGGAGAAAAUAUAUUGCUGUUGAACAGACCACAAAGGCUGAAUAAAUGUUUUCUCCAUUAUGUUUUUGACACACUUGCCCACUUUUGCACAGUUCGCAUAACUUGAACUGGUUCCUGUCGAAGGCUGAUUUGGGUGAUUUUUAUUAUUGCAUAAGAAACAUUGAAAAGUACCCUCUGAGAGUUCCUCUUUCAAAUUUAAGAUGCGAUGCCUCACCCUGAGGGACCUGAGAGUAGAUGUUGUGACAUACUGUUAUCAAAGCUGUUUCCUUCCUUCCGACUUUUUCCUUAUCUUUGUUGAUAGAUACAGUUCUGUUCUGACUGUAGUCUAAAAACUAAAUAAGAUCAUUUGAGUGUUUAUAUCUACUGUACCUCUUGUCAUUCUGACACCCCUUGUCCAGAGACCUUCUUAUCCGCAUCCCAAACAGCCUGCUGUGUUCUGCAUGUUUUGCGCUGUAAUGUCUUACUCAUAUUAUGCAGCAGUUAAACAUUGGCUGUAUGUGGUGCCUUGCCUUGGUAAAAAUGCAUAUAAUGCAAAUAAAUUCAGUAUUGGACUUUUUGUUAAAAAACAGGCCUUAACAUGUAAAGGGGUUGGGAAUGAUGAAUCAAAUCGCUCGUAGCAAUUUCUAAAAUAGGAGUGAAAGCGAACUAACAACGGCUGAUUGAGCAAAAGGAAACUUAAAUAUUAGCAUGUUAAACCAGGAACUGAUUCCACUGUCAACUCUGCAGUAAUUCUGUACAUUCAGAAGUGUUACUGAGGUACAUGCUGGAUAGUUGAAAAUAUUUGCUUGUGGGCAAUGUAUUGUUUGCUUUUUUAUUUGUCACAGGCAGAUAUAUGAAUAUCCAAGGUGGGAGGAUGCUUAAGAGCAGAGAGAUCUAACAGCCAGAAAAAGGCCAUACAGCAUUUAAAGUCAUACAGCGCAGUCACAUCCUCUGCUGGUUCCUGCUGGUAUUGCUUCUUGUAAUGAAUCAGUGGAGACCGACACCUCAUGUGGGCAUUAUGAGUGUGAUCUGGAGCUGAUAUUACAAUCGCCUGGUUCACCCAUGUCUUUCAUCUCGUCUGUCCCGGUUCCAGUUUUGCACCUGUUGAAAACUAUGAAGAUAAAAGCAUAUGUUUAUUGAAAUAUGAAGAAAGCACACAAUUUCAAAAGAUGAAACUAUCGUCAUUAUAUUUAACUAGACUGUUUUUUUUUUAUUUAUAGAGUGCAAGUGGAGCAGACAAUUUGAGUGCCUUUUGUGCACAACAUCAGUUUUUAUUGGACUUUUAUAUUUACUUUUUUAACUGUAAUAUGUUGUCUAUUAGUUGUCAUGUUUAUUAUGAACUGAUGUUGGUUUUUUUAUCUUUACUUUCUAUUGCUACUCAGUUGUCAAGCCACCAGGAGUACAUUGUGUAAAGAUAUUCCUCUCUUGAAUUACGCAACAAUUAUCAUGAACUGCUCGUCUGUGUUUUAAAAACUACUGUACACACAAUCUACUGGUAAGGUCCAGUAGAAUCAUCUCAGAAUUUUUCUUUCAUCUUUUUGUUUUCCCUGUGAACUGCUUGUGCUGUGGUUGAGCCGUAACUCCUUCCCUUUCAAAGAAGAAUCAUUGCAGUAUUGUUGGCAACAGCAGGACUGAAAUGGAACCUCUAUAUGGAGAGGUUAUAAGGCACGUGGUGCACUCUCGUUUCCCCUACAUGUGAUGUUACAUGGACAUUUUCUUUCCUGGGAAUGUAUGCUGAAAUGGAUAACACUGUUUGUCUGCUGACCUGAGAAGACAUGACAUUGAUAUUCAAAAGGAAAAUUGCAGUGAGAGAGCAGCCUGAGCGCCUGUCAUGUUGCGGGGACUGGAGUGUGAGUUGCUGUCACACUGUUUACUUUCUCUUUAAUCGUUUGUCUAGUGAUGCUGUUUGUUGAUGAGUGUCUGGUUGGUUGAAGCCCUGUGAUGUAAUGUACACCCUACCACUGACUGGAUGUUGAAAAUCCCCUGAGUCCAAAUAAAACCAUUAUUGCU